CUAAGUAUUACUUAUUAGCUGCAAUGUCAUUAUCCUCGCAGGAUCUGGAUGUCAUUAUAGGCCACCUGAAGACACAGCAUGGUUCCGACUGUCAACUGGAUAAGGGUGUAAUCAGUAGGCUCUGUCUGCAGACCCGGGAGGAGUUCACCAAACAACCGAUGCUCUUGAAAUUAAAGGCGCCCUUGAAUAUUGUUGGCGAUGUUCACGGUCAGUUUAACGAUUUGAUAAGGAUAUUUGAGAUAUGCGGAGAGCCGCCAGAGACUAAUUACCUUUUUCUGGGUGACUAUGUGGAUCGGGGCAAGCAAUCUUUGGAGACAAUUUGUCUGCUCUUUGCCUACAUGUUGCGAUAUCCGAAGCAAGUAUAUUUAUUGCGAGGUAAUCACGAGUGUGCGAGCGUCAAUAAGCUUUAUGGUUUCUUUGAUGAAAUGAAGCGACGUUAUAAUACCAAACUUUGGCGCUGUUUUGUGGACUGUUUUGACGUUCUUCCUGUGGCUGCGACUGUGAAUGAGCGGAUCUUCUGUUGUCAUGGAGGAUUAUCUCCACAUCUGGAGCAACUUCAGCAGAUCCGCGAACUGACACGACCCACAGAUGUGCCAGAGUCAGGACUAUUGUGUGAUCUUCUCUGGGCAGAUCUCAAUCGAACGAGUUAUGGUUGGGGAGCCAACGAUAGGGGAGUAAGUAUCAGCUUUGCCGAGGAUAUUGUCAGUCGAUUUCUGGAAGCAAACGAUUUCGAUUUGAUAUGUCGAGCCCAUGAGGUUGUCGAGGAUGGUUACGAAUUCUUUGCGGAUCGCAAGUUGGUCACCAUUUUCUCUGCUCCCAAUUAUUGUGGACAAAUGAAAAAUGCCGGCGCCGUGAUGAAGAUCGACAAGGGUCUCAUGUGCUCCUUUGUCAUUUUAAAGCCAGCGACGAUCCAUGAUGACUCUGAUGAUUCGAUGAAAACUAUCGGAAUUUGAGCCUAAUAUUAUUUGUCUUUUAUUCAGUAUAUUUUUAUUGCACUCUGCAUAUAUUUUAUUAUGUGUAUAUUGACGAUAAAGUGGCCUAGUCAAUCCACAGACUUGACUCAUGAAAUCAAUGUGAGACAGGGUCAGGUUGAGAGUUUACAGGUCAAACGGCAGCUGUGUCUGAAUCUUAAAUAUAUACGGAAUAUUUCUUGA